AUGCCAUUACUAAACGCGGACGACCUCUGCGGCUGCAUGCGCGCGCUGGCCGCCUGGGGCUGGAGCCCGAGCACCGGGCUGCUGGCCGCGCUCGAGGGCCGCGCGGCGGAGGCGAUAUCGCGCGGGGGGUUCAGCGCGCGGCAGCUAGGGGAGCUGGCGUGGACGUACGCGCAGCUCGGGCUGCGGCACAGGCCCCUGCUGCCUGCAAUCCUGGCGGCCUCCGAGGCCGAGCUGUGGUCAGGGGCGUGCCCACCUGAGGCGAUGGCGGACCUGAUCUGGGCGGUGGCGCGGCUGCAGCCCCGCCUGCGCGAGUUCGACCCCCAGCAGAUGGCGCGCACCCUCUGGGCGCUCGCGCGCCUCGGCGCGCCGCCGCCGGCCGACUGGCUUGACGCCUUCCUGGCAGCUUCGCUCGCGGGGCUCCGGGGCUUUGACGUGAAGGCCACAUCAUUGACGCUCUGGGCGCUGGCGACGCUCGGCGCGCGGCCCCCGGCCGCGUGGCUGCGCGCGUUCGAGGGGCAGGCGGAGCAGGCCGCGCGGCAGCUGGGCGCAGCAGAGGCGGCGACGUCGCUGUGGGCGCUGAGCCAGCUGACGCGGCGGCCGCCGCAGGAGCUGCGGCUCAGCGCGGCGCUGCGGCGGCCGCAGAAGCAGCUGUCGCGGCUGGAUUUCGAACUGCUGGCCGACAUCCGCAUGCUGAGGGUCGUUAAGAGCAUGAUCACAGGCCCUGCAGCGGCCAGGUGA